AUGGCGGUCCCAGUUCAAUAUGCUUCUGUUACACCAUCAGUUUGCGCUGUAUACGCCCAGAGUUGGCAAAUUCCCAACCCGUCUACCUCGGUCACACACAGAAAUUUCUUUCCCAGGUUUUGUUUAUACUAUUGUUUUUCUAAAAGCAGCGUUGCCUCGGUUCAGUAAUUUAUGUUCCGUUUUUUUCACGUUUGACUUUUGUUAAGAACGAGUGUUGGGUUAAACUGAGUAACAUUCCGUCCAUUUGAAUUUUAGCGGAAGAAGUCUAAACAAAGAUUGGGUUCGAGGCAGAGUAAAGCAUAUUCCACAUCAACACCGCCAGCAAUCAGCCUGCAGCGCUUCAAGGGUAAGGAAAUUUUCCUCUUGGCGGAAAUUCAGCCAACUUACUGUCGGAUCAUGCAAUUGUUAGCUGGCUUUAUGUGAUAUGCACAAGGAUUUUUUUCAAGUCUUUUAUUUACUUUAAUUAAUUUCAUCGCCUUGUGCAAAUUCCAGAAUGGUCGUGCAAAGAGUGCAGCAGCUUCACUUCGUUGUUCUUCUGCGCGAGGGUUUUUGGAAGAAAGCGAUGAUGAAAUCAAUGGUAAGCUUUCUCUGAAAUCAAAAACGAUAGAUAAUGUAAUCAUGACCUGUAUUUCAGUCAUAAAUAAUUUAAUCCCGCAAUCGACAGGUGCCGCAAUCUUUAAGCGUUUAGUUAAAUGAUCUCUGAUCUUAUAAUAAGGUUAGAUGUUAUUUUGUCAUUCUACAAAAAUCUUCAGAAAACACUGAGUGACCUACAAUAUUUUGUAUUUGCAUUACUGUACAGCCCUGAAUCUGUUAUAAUUUGUAAACAUAAUAUUCUAGUUGUCUGCAUAAGUAUUUCUCAGAAUUAGGAAAAACAAAACAAAACAAAACAAAACCAUAUAAAUUGAUAUUAAAAUCAAAUCAGAACAAUAUUAGAUAUGUUGUUUAUAAGGGUUAUAAUAUUACAUGUAAGUAGGGUGAACUGUCAGUUAGCACACUGAUUACUGAUCGACUCAGCCAGUUACAUGUAUUUCACCCCUGUUCAUACCCAUCAAGUAGUGGGUUUACUACAUAAACUGACAAUUUGAGGUCUGAUUGGUCAGUGAAAUCUGUGUGGCAAACUCAUUGGAAGUAGGGGCAUCAGCUGGCUAUGGGAUGAAAGACAUAUCCAUCAGGGAUCAUAGACAUUUUUUUUUUCCUGAAGUGCACUCUGGACAGUCAGAUCAAGCGUUUAGAAGCUAUAUUUUUAUACUGAAAGUUGACCUUACAGUACAUUGGUGUCUGCUUAGAGCUGACUAGUCUUACUCCUUGUAAAAAUACAAGCAUUCAGAUUGUGGAGUGUGGUGCAAAGUUAGAGAGCAGCAAAAAAAAAAAAAAAAAAAAGAAGACAGGAAAAGGGAGACUUGGUCAUCAUUGCUGGAUCCAAAAGUGGGCAAAAUAUCAGUGAAUCCUUUCUUCUGAUUGCCUGCCUGCCUCCUCAGUUUUUCCCACACUGGUGCCACAACAAAAAGUCCACUUUUGACCACAUAAUAAAUCCUUCAUUGAUUGAGCUUGUUCAGUCAAGAUGGCUUGAUAUUGGCACCAGGCGGGGUGCUCCUAAUUUCAAGUGGCGGGGGUGAUCAAAUGAUUUUUUUGGGUUUGAAUUUUCAAUUCCGGGAUUUUUUUGGGUGCGAAAAUUUGGAAAGUACUUUUUUAGGUGGCUUUUUUUUUGUGUGUGUGUUUUAUCAGGUAAUAUUUUCUGGAAAUUUUUUGAGGCUAGGAAAUUCCACAUGGGAUAUUUUGGGGGUUAAUUUUUGGUCCAGGGAUUUUUUUUGGAUUGUUAUUUUUGCCCCCAUUUGAUCAUCCCUGUUACUUAAAAUCCAGAAUACCCCCCUUCCCCACCCCCAGGAUAUAAUCUUGGUCCAUGGAAGUGCAACAGAGAACUUGGCCAAUGUCUAGCCGUCUUGACCUCAUGGCUGGUCAAUUCAAAGAGGACAGACAACAAAUUGUUGUUGCGCACUUGAAAUAUCUAACAUAUAACUUGAACCCUAUUGACCUCGGCCAUCAUUGUCCUGAUAUCUUCAUAACUUUUAUUUUUGCCCACUUAAUUCUCAGGGUCAUCAUUGCCUUUAUCACUGAUAUAUAACAUUGCAUGUGUUGUCAUUUCCAACUUGGUCAAUUGUCAUCAUUUUGCAAAACCAAAUAUGCAUUAAAGUCGUUUAGAACUGCUUUAAUCUUCCUUCUUGCCUGAAGAAGACAUAUAUCAGAUCAAAUUAAUUGAAGAUAAACUUUUAACCCAAAAACCUAAAAAUCGCCUUUGGCGAUUUUUUCACCUGAUUUUACAUUGAAUGGCCAGGUUAAUGGUUGUGUUAUGCUGAAAAGUGGAUGUUUGUCAAAAAGCUUGGUACUUCGCUUAAUUAAAGCUAUUACCAAAUUCACUUAAUAAUACCAGAUAACAAGGUGUACAUGUACCACUAGUACUUUCCCUACUGUCUUAUUAUUUUUUUUUUUUGUCUAGAUACUGUUAAAGAAUUUAAAUUGACUUUGGUAAGUUCCUUUUGUGUGUUAAACUAAAUUGUAGCUGUAUUUAUACCAGAAUUAUAUUAUGUUGUUGGACUAUAAAAGUUUGAUAAUGGUGCCAUGGUUCUCAUUAAGUUUUAACGUAGACAGCUAGGAUAUAAAAAUAGGCAGCUUGGUAAUCGAGUGCUGUAGGUAAUUUCAGGCUUUCACUCUCUCACUUUACCCUAUUUUCCCAAAUAGUAGACUGCUCAAACCUCCAAAAAGCCCUCUUUUUAUCCGGCUGCCGGUACUUAAUGAGAACCCUGGGUGCAUAGGAGUUAGCUCUUCCAAUUUGGAAGCUUGGGACUAGAGAAAACUUCGAGUCCAUGAUAGUUAGGACUUUGCCCACUUACUUUUUUCAAGCGAGACUGCAAUAACAGCAUCCAUACUAAUAAUGAAGUUAUAUUUUUUUCUUCAACAUAAUUAAUAUGUUACCACACCAGUGGUUAAACCAGUAAGAAAGUACCCUUAAUUAUGUAAUCGACUUAAUUGCUUGAUUAACUCAAACAUGAAUUUGGGGACCCCCGCUCCCCUCCCCAUAUUCUUUCCUGAUUUUUUCUUGAGGGGGGGUGGUUGCUAGCCAAGAGUCAACUUGUUAGGUUAGCAUGGUUAGAUUUUUUGGGAGCAUUAGUUCAAGGCCACCUUAAGUUCACUGUGAUGCAGCUCCUCAUUUUCUUUAGACAUAGAUUCUGUAUUAUGGCCAUAAGUUUUUUUUCACUUUAUUAAUAUAUUGUUUUUGCUGUUGUGUUGCUAAUGAAAUCAGAUUUAGCUUUUCUUAAAUGAAGCCUUUAACUUUUUUCUUUGACAAAAGCAAUUGUUCAAGCGUCUUACACAGCAAGUGCAAGAUGUCAACCAGUGCAUGAGUCAGCAAAGGAUCUACAGCUUUAAGGUACACUUAUGCAGUUCUAUAAGCCAUUUACAUUUUAGCGGUGAAAAUAAGAUAAUUCCUUAAGAAUACCUAUUAUUGAUGUGAAAAGAAAAUUGUAAAAAAAUUUAUAAACUUUAAAUAUGCACUUUAACUUUAAAAAUGUGGUAUGAUAAAAAUAGAAAUAUGAUAAGAGGCAAUCGAGAAUGGUAAACCUCUAGUCUCAUUGUGAUAGAUGUUUAGGGCAUUGUAAUAAUAGUUAAUAUGAAAUCUGAUUACAGUCUUAAGAACGGGGCCAAACUUGCACUUAGAUUCAAGGUGCAGGUACUGUGAACAGGGAGAAGUGCAUGGACCGAGGCUAUUCUGUUCUUUCUUUAUGACUUCCUUUAUUGCCUUUGUCUACUAGUUCCUUGUGGCAAAAGAGAGGAUUAUCAACUUUCAACGUUGCUUUUUUAACGUUGUUACUUUCGGGAACAGGCGUUAUCAUCAGAGCUUUAUAGUAUUGCCUCCCGUGCUGUGCUCUCCUGAGUCCUGCGCUUUACACUGUUGGAAAAUAAGCGAUGAAAAGAAAAAGACUAGAAAAAAUGAAGCGUUCGUCUGCUGAAUCCUAAGAUUUGUAUUAACCAUCCGCUUUCACCUGUGUUUCCACGGCGUGUUAAUGUUACUCAGCAACUAUAUGUCAUCAGAUAGCAUCUGCUCAUUACUUCAAGUCAGAUUGGAAAUAGAUUUUACAAUGCAAAGCGAAAAAGACAUCUGUUUAGUGGUCAGUUAAGUGACAGUAAACGUUUUGAGAGUGGCUGCACAUCGUUCCUUCAUGUAUUUGACUACAACUAUAUGCGCUUUGUCUGGUAAGAGCUUGUUUAGAUUGUUCUGUCAUUUUAAUUUGAAAGUACACUUGAUAAAGUAAAGUUUUCUGUGCGGCUAUGAUCAAAUGUUCACAGCUGUCGGUGUACAAGCGACAAAUCAAUUAAGUUCUUGGGGAGGACUUUUCUGUGGUGCUGAAUAUUAACUUACCCUUAGUUUAUUCUAGGUAUGAACUUUCGAAACCGCUAGUUUUCUAGAAAUUUUCUGUCGGAACAAAACCAAAAUCUCGCAUGUUAUUUUCCGAGAGCUAUUCUCGUAAACAAACAGCUGUAGUUGCGACCACCUUUAUGGAUUCCUAAUGUUGUCGCUUGUGAGAGCGGAACUGCUUCGCUUUCAAACCCUGUUUACAGAGCGGCCAAUGUUUAAUUUUCCUUAAUGUGUAUGGUCGCUGUUCUGAAUCAAAAUUUUACUGAUGAAUAAUUAAGAGAGUAAACCAAUAAUCUUUUAUUAUAUUUUUGAUUAAAAAAAAAAAAAAUUAUAAGUUCCAGACCAUAAAAAAUAAAACAGUUAGCCUAGUUUAUAGGCGCUAGUCUUCUAGCUCGCAUCGUGCUAUUUUGAUUCAUGUUUUAUGUUUUUGGUAACUAAAAGAGAUUUGUUUAGACCGUGGGAACUGUUUUGAUUUAAGAUAAUUUUACACGUUGUUAUGAUUACAUUGAUUACAUUUGUACACAAUUUACACUCCACUGUCUUCUUGAGCAAGGUCUAAAAUUAAAUGAAAAAGACGCGAGAGCACCACGAAAAUCAUACGACAAUAAUUAUAGAGAGAUUAAGACUCGCGUUUACCGCAAAAGGCAAACGUCAUUUUGUACCACGUGACCACGUUCUCUGACAAUUAAAAGGAGAAAUUUGUCUUUUCCGUUUAAUUUUUGUCGUGUUCACACUAAAACAAUAAGUUUCAUCCUAGUUUCAUCCGUAAGAGUUACUUUGGACAAUUUUAUCUGAUUAUUUUCCAAUUUGAGAAAUUGUCAAACUGAAUCUUACGUUUGCCCUGAGAGAUAAGAGUCACGUUUACGGCAAAUGGCAAUUGUCAGACUCUAGUUCAUAUUUUAGUUGGGAAUUUCUUAAAAUAGAAAACAUGCAGCUAAAAACAGUCCAUAACAAUUGUUACAGUCAAAACUGACGUGAAGCUACUAAUUUUUGCGUAGAAAUAAUGAACAGUAAAGAGGCACAAGUUAAGGGAAAACUUGGUCACGUGGUUCACGUUUGCCGUUUGCCGUAACUCUCUAAUGUGAUUCUUAGUCUCUCUAACGCAUGCGCGCGGAUAAGAGGCGCAAAGGAUGAUGGGAGACGCGUCCCUCUGCGUGCUUAGGGAAAAGUGCGGAUGAGUUGGGCUUCCAAGAUCCUCAUCUUAUGUUAUUGUUACAGCACCAUAUGAACAAUGAGGGGUUCGCUAGUCCUGCACUACGACGCAGCCAGCUGGCGACAGCUUUGAGCAAGAGAGAGAUUCCAGCUACUGAAGCCCCCUUUGAGCCGUGUAAUGAUCUUGGACCCACCUGUUCUAGUUACCUCACGAGACCUUGGAGCAGACAGGAAAAGUAUGUUGUAUUGUUUCAAGUUCAGCCCGAGAUAAAGUUCUCGAGAACGUAUACCACUUUUGUAUUCGAAAUGUUGACAGUUUUUUCCAGGAAAUUAGAUAAUUUCACCCAAAGUUUGACUAGUACUUCAUCGUUUAUUAACUCCCCGAAAGGUGGAGCUGACAAUCAUUAGGGAACCAGUAACUUUUUUGUUCUCUAAGGUGAUAAAUCGCUAUGCGGCCUAACGUGCAUGUGACAUCGCAACCUGCAAGAAAGGUGUCACCGAGGUGUGCCGGGUUUGGAUACUCACACAUGCCUGACAGGUCAACAAAAUGGACCAGUGAAAUGAGUCAGCGAGUUAGGGUAAAGGCUCUGUGGAAGGGUUUAUUAAGUUCCUCCUGGUCUUUUCACUUACUUCGCUGGUUGUCGCAAGUGUAAACCCGAUAAUUAGGCUACCCUUAAGCCUGUUCCAGGCUCUAAGACAGUAAUGAGUAGAGAUCGUCAAAACUAAUACGAAAAACGCGCUGGUGGUUGAGCAGAAUAAAGGAACGCCAGAAGGUUUGGUCGAGUACCUGAGGCCCAAAAAAGGAAGAAUAACAAAAUCAUAUAAACUUAACUUUACUAUGGACCUUUUUUUUCUUACAGGGGUACCAGCUGUCCUGUUCCCAUGCCACGCCCCUCAUCAUCUGCCCCUCCAUCUCGCACUUCUUCUCCGUCCCCUUCGUUACGUCCCUCUUCACGCACCAGUAUUAAACGCCCCACAGACAAGAAUACAGAUCAUAAAAAACUCAACAAGGACCUGGCUGAAGCUGAUGCCAGGGCCAAGCAGCAGUGGGAAGAAAGUGAUCCUCUGUAUGAAAAGCUCUUCGUCCCAGAGAAUCUCUCCCCUGAGGAGUUCGACUUUAGAUUUCACGACCCUUAUCCCCAGACUUGGGUAGAUGAGACUGUUGAGGAUGCCUGUUUCAGAGGCUCGAAGAAAACGGACCCGUUUAUGCAUAGAAUGAAGGAACUGGAAAAUUUAAAAGAGGAAACGGUGCUGUGGGAAAUAUACAAAGAGGAGAAAGCCAGGCAAAACUCCGAAGGUGUUAGUUCAGCUAAAGGAUCUUCUCAAAGACUCUCUCGAUCAACGUCCAAUCGGACUAGUAAUUCUCGAUCGCAGUCUGCUAAAGUGAACCCUCUUCAGCUGUACCGGGCAAAAUCCGUUGUCAAUAGAUUGAAACGUUCCUCUUCCGCUGGAAAACCAAGCGCGUCGAAUCAUGUAGUUUCUACCUCGGAUGAUGGUUCAGACAGCGUGCGAACUUUCCGUAACAGUGGGUAUCAGUUGGGUAUUUCGUUCGUUCCUGGCUCGCUCUAUCCCGAAGCGCGACCCCCUCCAAAGUCUCGAACUCGGGCUCCGAGUUCAAAAUCUUCAAACAGUGAAAGCAACUCUCGGAAAGUUUGGAAUACAUCGCAGUUACCGAACGCGCAAACAAACGAUAACAGGAAAACAGCACCAGCGCCGAAAUGUGAAGCAUGCUCCCCAAGACCAGCGGUUUUUCAACGAGAAGCAUGCACUAGCCCACGCAGUGUGGCGACCUCCGUCCAUGCUCUUCGCAACCAGUACGUAAUGAAAGCUUCGGAGUGCUACGACAUCGUUGAAUUAGCCAGAACGUUUGACCCGCCGUGCAAGAACCAUUGUGUCAAAGCCGCGAAAGAUACAUUGCCAAUUUCUAGUACCGAAAGAGCCUUAAAUAAAGGCAUUAAGCCAGGUAAAAGUUACUUCUCCCAACGAAGAAUUUCCUUGACACGGUUAACUCCAGAUGAGAGUAUGAACGUGAGAGGGACGAGCCCGCAGAACUUGGCAAGGCCCGCUACCGGUCGCUGUAAGUCAGCAAAAAGGGGCCCAAAGCGGAGAUGAUGUCAUAGUUGAGUGAAGAAUGCGGGAUGUCAAGAGAGUAACCUAAGGCCCGGUCCAUACGUAAUUGUUGUUGUUUGAAAACGGGGAAUUUUUUCUCCGGUUUGGCCUACAGUCAACACGUCUCCAGUAAGAGCGGUCACCGAAAACGCAUCUUUUCGAAAACGCUCUCCAGAGUGGCGUGUUUUAAAAGCGUCGUUUUGCCGUACUUGUCUCGUGUGGACGCCUGAAAACGGAUGUUUUGGAAAACGAUUACGUCACGGUAUUGGAUAUCAGUGAAUACGCAUGCUCCCAUCAAAGGUGUUACCGUUUUCAGUCACUUGAGAGAUUAAGAUUCACGUUUACGCCAAACGGCAGACGUGAAUUUGUGUUGUCCCACGUGACCAAGUUUCCCCCCUAUUUUCCGUUUACUCUUUAUUGCUUCCACAAAAAAAUAAGUAGUUUUAUGCCAGUUUUAACCAUAGCAAUCGUUCGGGACUGUUUUUAUCUGCUUAUUUGCUAUUCUGAGAAAUUCUCAACUUGAGUUUGCCGUUUGCGGUAAACUUGAAUAUUUAUCUCUCUACUACAGUCAAAACCUGUUUUGGGGCACCCGCUUAAUACGUACACUUUCUAUAGCGCCCUCAGUGUCCGUGCACAGUACCAAAGUAUGGCGCAAAACCUAUCCGAUAUGUGACGCCCCACUUUCGUGAUCGCCGGACUUAAGACCCUGUUUACAUGGAGUGGGGACGCCGGUCUAGUGGGGUAGGUUUCUUUUGUUUUGUG